AAUCUCUCAAGGACUUUGGAACCAGAAAAAGAAAAGUGUAAUUUGUAUGGGCUUGCUUGGCGAGCGGAGUACUUACAAGACGACACGUACAAACAUCUGGUUGCCCUGAUCUGCAUCGAUAUUAUAGCCGCCCUGGCGACAAUUCUUCUAAAUGCGCUGGUCAUUUUUGCCGUGGCAACAAGGCACCGACUGCGAAACAACGGCACCAUACUUCUUGCUUGUCUAGCUGGGACGGAUCUGUUAACUGGCCUUAUUGUUCUACCAUUUUCUUUCUCGCUAAACUUGAAGCGACUUCUUGGUGUCGGGCCAUUCUGUUCGCCAGAAAAGGCCUUGAUGGUGAUAAUUACGAUGGUAGCUUUUGCUUCGUUCAGUCAUCUGGUCGUGAUCAGCAUAGACCGCUAUAUAGCUAUAAAAUAUCCCUUGCGGUACCAGGAUAUUGUCACAGAGACACGGAUAAUAAUAAGUGUUGUUCUCGCUUGGGCUUUCACGUUGUUGAUGACAAUCAAUGAGCUUGCUAUGGCUCUAAUAGACAGUGAAAGCAUCUACUCGAUAUAUUCGCAAGUGAACAUUUUGAUAGAAAUUGUUAUUAUGACUCUUUUCACAGCUACUGUUUUAUGGUCUUACGGUUACAUUUACUCAGAGACACGACGACAAGUAAAGCGCAUCAAAGCCGAACAACUGCCUCAAGAAGAAGUUCAAAGAAUUAAGAAAGACAGAAAGGCAGCUACUACUCUGGCAAUCAUCCUAAUUGCUUUGGUAUUCACUUAUUUACCAGCAAUAAUUACUGGGGUAUUGGCUACUCUUCCAGUUAGCACUGUGGUACCGCCGCGGUUAAGAGUCAUAAUUUGGAGCUGGGUAGCACUUUCCAUCAUGUUAGGUUCGCUUGUUAACCCUAUAAUUUACUGUUGGCGAAUGAAGAAUCUACAACGCGCAUUUCUCGAGAUACUUCAUCUAAGAAAACCUGAGAACAACAUGCCAGAAACAGAAAUUCAAGCAACUCAGCGAAAUCAAGCUGGACCUAGAACAAAUGCUACUGUAGACUGA